UGAUACCUGUCAGCUGGUGGGUGGUGCCUCAAAGCUCGAAGUAUUGUUAUUUUUUAUUUUAUUUUUUACAGUAAUGCCCUGCAGCUGACGCCUCCCACCGGUGAUAAGAUGCUGUGCUUGUAAUCUUAGGAGUGCUCUGCGGCUUGUUGGGAGACUGUAACUAGGCGGGUAAGGAGCAAGCGGGGCCGGAAAGAACGAGAGAGGGGCCUUAAACCUCAUCAACGGUCAACGGUAAACGGUAUCAACCAAAACAACACGACAGAACCAAGUGCGGUCUGCAAGCCAUCAUGAAUACUUGGCAAAUAUUCACCCUCGGAGUGUUAGUAUUCAGUGUGUGCAGUGCCUCGGAGCAGUGCACAGAUCCACAGGAGCAAGAUGACGACAAGCCUCCUGGGUCCUGUGGGUGUGGUGCAACUAGUAGGACAGCAUCAUCAGCUCCAAGUGAUUCAGCUGAGACUUCACCAGUAUUAGAAAAUAAUGAAGAAUCUCCAAAUUAUAAAUAUAGUGAGGAGGCCAAUCCAGUCAAAGGUGUCCCUCGCACAAAUCAGAUGGUUCACAUCCCCGGAGGCAAGUUCAUAAUGGGCACAAAUGAACCGGUGUUCGCCGCUGACGGAGAGCAGCCAGCGAGAUGGGUUGAAAUUGAUGACUUCUUCAUGGAUGUUCAUGAAGUCUCAAAUGCAGAGUUUCAAUUGUUUGUCCUGGCAAACAAAUAUGUUACUGAGGCAGAGAAAUUCGGUGACUCGUUUGUCCUUGAUGGAGAGCUGUCGGAUGAUGUCAGAUCCACCUUGAAUAAUGCCGUUGCUGCCGCUCCUUGGUGGGUCCCCGUCAAGGGGGCAGACUGGAGACACCCUGAAGGACCGGACUCAAAUAUUUCUGACCGUAUGGAGCAUCCAGUUGUGCAUGUGUCUUGGAAUGAUGCGUCUGCAUACUGCGAGUGGAUGAACAAACGGCUACCAACAGAAGCUGAGUGGGAGCGAGCCUGCCGGGCCGGAAAGCAAGAGAGAUUGUAUCCUUGGGGAAAUAAAUUCACUCCUAAUGAAAAACAUAGAGCCAACACUUGGCAGGGAAGCUUCCCUAACACAGACACGGGGGAAGAUGGGUAUGUAGGCCGGUGCCCUGUCACUGCAUUUCCUCCGAACGGCUAUGGGCUCCAAAACAUAGUGGGCAACGUGUGGGAGUGGACGGCGGACUGGUGGCGGGUGAGUCAUUCGCCAAGCUACCAGAAAAAUCCAAAAGGACCAGCAGCUGGGCAAGACAAAGUGAAAAAGGGCGGUUCAUACAUGUGCACAAAGGAGUACUGCUACAGGUACAGAUGUGUUGCCAGGAGCCAGAACACUCCCGACAGCUCUGCUGGCAACCUGGGCUUCAGGUGUGCUGCUGAUCAUCUUCCUGAAUACCUCAAGGACCAGCACUGAUUACAGCACUAAAUAUAAACUUUUCUCUAUUCAACUAUUAUUUUCAAUUUUGACUGGCAAGUGGUGAAGCUCGCCAGUAUUUUUUGUCUUGAAAAUUUAAUACUUUUGUUAUGUAUAGACAGACAUUUCCUGUGAUUAUGAUGGCAUUCAUAUUGUGAUUUUUUUAGCAAUAUCUAGUAUUAGUUUGUAUUACUUUGUAUAUGAAGAUAUCACGCAUCUUAUUUACAAAAAUCAAAAACUUCUUGUCU